AUGAAUGAUCAGUCGCGAAAACCGCGCGGCCCUCAGCGACAGCCUCCCCCUGCUCUGUUCCAGGGCCCUCCCUCCCACAAUGCAUCCAACAUUUCUCUCUCCGUUCCGCCAGUGGCAUCUUCGCGAGGCACUCCUGCCGGCAGCCAACCACCACCCCUGCAGCGCAAACGCGCAACAGGCGAAGCAGUGGUAGUAGAUAAUCGCGGCUUAUUGUCACCAUUUGCUAGGCGGAGGCCGUCCAAAAUUGACGUCGACGGCUCCGACGCCGUGUGGCAGGAGAUGCAAAGCGCGCUGUCAGAGGUGGACCUCAGCGCCGUGACGACCGAGAACGUCUACGGCGAGAGGCACGCACAAGCGCUGGAAGACCUGCGAAUGAAGCAGCUCAAGCUUGCCCAGGCGUGGGCGCGCAGCGAGGCCGACGACGAGGUUGCCGACCCUAGUCACAGCGUGAAAGAGGAGGAGAGUGCUCCCGGGAGGAGUACCUCUCGCAGUCGGGGGUCUGUGAGAGGACAAAGCCAUGACGCUGCGGAGCGCAGGGCCCCUUUUGAUGGUGUCUCGCAUCACACGUUGGAUGAAGAGACGGAGAAAGAUAUUCUGCUGGCGCGCCGACGACGAGAAGCUAAUGAUCGUUACUUUGAUCGCGUCAACCAGGGCGUCUUGGAUGUGGUGGCCAAACUGGAGGAAGUGGCUCAGGCCAUGCGCAUCGUGGAGCGCGAGAGCAAAGAUAUUUGGAGUGACUCUGAGAGUGUUGCUACGGCGGUAUCGUCGGCGGCGUCCGACGCGGAGUGA